AUGUCAUCUCUGACCAUCGGCUACAUCUCUGGCAUCAUUGCCGCGGCGGUCUUCUUGCUUCAGUUCCUGAUUCCCAAUGCGAUGAUCGUUGUUCUGGUCGGCCUUCUCCAGAAUGAACACAGCACAGUCACUUGGUCAGUGGUGGAGCGUAAUCUCUUGAGUUCCAUGUGGCCACUCUUCCUCCGCACAGACUCGGCUGCCGGCACAGGAGUCGACCGUCGAAUCAGGCUGCUGACCUGGAUUCGGCCACUUGCUCUGGGCGUGGUGACCGUGGCGGCCGUGGUGACUCCCCUGGGACUCCACGACGAGAUAGUGCCUUCAAAAACACCGCAACCCGUCGCAUUCGUGUACAUGCAAGACCCGGGUCCAAUGGGCUACGGGACACCGCCGCGCAGUGAUCUUGGAUUCACACGCACGUGCGGGGCCUUGUUGCCCGUGCAGUGUCCUGGGACCACGGUCGCCAUCUCAUACGCCGGCAACGACACUUACAUGGAAGCGAACAUCACCAAUGACGACUACGACAUGCGUAUCCCACACGUGCUGGCCGAACUGUACCAAAGCGGUCUUUUGCAACAUCCACAGCCGGUGUCGAGUUUCUUCGAUAUCCAAUCCCGUCAGUAUUCGUUUCAGACACAGCAAGGGACUCUGGGCGGGAAAUACAUUGUCGACGCCUUUCGAUAUCUGAUGAACAUGGUUUUGAAUGCCGCUGUAGAGCCCGUCGAAGGGCUGGUGGUUGAUACUGUCACAGGGGGCAUCGCCUUCCGCAAUCAUACCGUCCCAGUGGGCGACGUGGCGCUCGGCGCGGAAUGGACGGAGGAUCUCCUCUGGGUCGAGCCCGAGACGGCGUGCGUUGAUACCAAUGUCUCGAUCGAGUUCCGCAUUCCCUACCAGGGUCUGUAUAGCAAAGAGCUGGCGAACAUCUCUCUGGUUGAUAACGGCGGCUUUGCCAACGUGGUCACGGAAUAUCCGCUCGUCGAUGUGACCAAUGCGCAAAUGGAGCCGAAUCUUCAAGGCCGAGCAUACAAGGCCGCCUGGAUGGUCAAUGCUUACACCAUGCUGGUCAUGAACAUCACCCGGCCCAGUCCAAAUGCUUUUGGAUACCUCAAUUCCAAGAUAGGGGACAGAUACCCGGUCACCACAAACCAAGUGUCAAGCGCGCAGCUGAACGGCAUCCACAUCACCAGCUUGUGGUCGUCGUUGCUGGAUCCUGACGCAUACCUGUCCAAUUACACACUGGCAGAUACCCCCGGGGCAAACUACUCCAAUCCGUUUGGCAUCACGUCGGCCAACUACAGCGACAUCUCAUUGAUCUGUGCCGGUGCAGGAGGCAAGGAUCUCGCCAACCUCACCAACAUCCACGUCGCGUGCGGCAUGAUCUUUGGAGCUGCGCGGCGCAAGGAUGGGUCCAAGAGCCUCGUCUUUGAACCUGAGACCUGGUGGACGCAGUCGGUGUACAGUUGUGCCUCUGCGAUGAAGGCGAGUAUCAAAGAAGUCCGGUUCCGGUACAACGCCACUGGCUUGACGGGAAAUACUCUGAAAGCGCUGACAGUGGUCAACGUAACCGACAAGCCGUACUCAGACAACAAAUCCAUGCCGCUCUGGGGUGUGGAAUCGCCAGACAUGGAACUGGCUGAUGUACCCCAACUCUGGGGGCUUAUCUCGCCAGAGCUUGAGAGUUCGGUCAAUCUUUCCACGAUUCGAGCACCUCAUCUAUAUCUGCCUGGUUACGGAGGGUUGCUGUCGGGCAGUAGCCCCGGUCAAGAAAAUUUGCCUGCAGCAGAUGGUUUGACUGAUGUCCUGGCCGGCGUGUAUCAAGACACAUUGGGCGCCGGUGACAUGGCGGACUAUACAGGUACAACAAACAUGGCCAUGUACGCGACGUGGAGAGAUCUGGCCAGUUCGGCUGCGACGAUGAAGAAAAUUCCAAAUCUGAUAUGGACCGAUCUUGCGGCAAACAUGCUGAUAGGCACGCGAAGCUGGACUUCCGGCUCUGCAUUGCCAGCCAACCUUCAGAAGCGUGCCGACACUGCAAAUGGCUCUGACGGCAAUUCCGCGGUCGUCCCUGUGACAGUGUAUCAGCGGCAGAUACGAUACCAUUGGCUCUUUGCGAUCCCGGCAUUCCUCGCCCUGUUUCUGUUUCUUGUCGUCUUGAUGGCGGCUCUGGUCUCUGUCCUUUCUGGGAGAGGACUGCCAGCACGAGUGCAACACUACCUCUAUCAUUUGUCAUCGGGACGACUGCUCGGGUCAAUCCAAUAUCCAGAUGAAGGUGACAGUUUAGCUCCGACUAAGGAAUGGAUUGCACGUGUCGGCAGGAGACCUAGUGGUUUGCACGAAGGCCCUCGAGAUCGUGAUGCAGGGCUCCGAAUCUCACCUUUGCUUGGUCAACAAGACCAAAUGGUAAGGCCUGAGAAGCCUGGGGGCAUUGUAGACACCGGCGAGCUGCAACCGGACGCUGUCGAUGAGACAGAAGGCCAUGUGCAGGGGAGCGGGUAUGAGAGACUGCCCAAUGUGGACGAACGACAACGGUGA